UGAAAAACGGAGCGUUCGCGGUGAAAUUCCUAAGAAAAUCGACUGAUAACACGAUUUAACUGCAACUGCAACACGCGAGACAGAUUCACAGACCGUUGGUAAACAGAUAACAACCACGCACCCUCUUUUGCAGCCACAAUGGACGCCCUGGAUGUGAUCGAGAAACGUAUCGACCAUCUUAACGAGCUACUCGGACCGCUGCCAACGACCGAGAGUCAGGUGGAAAACCUGACCGAAGCCAUCCUGUCGGCAUCGUCAUUCCUACCGUCGGCCAGCACCGGCCACCUGGCGGAUGGGGCCGCCCGGGGAGCGAUACUGGAAACGUUCAAGCGAAAGGACGAACUGGAAACGUACCUCGACCCGGCGUACCUCGAAGAGAAGCAGGACAUUAAGGCGAAGGAAAUGUACAUCAAUACGAUAGCGAACGAUUUGGCCGGCACGUUCGAGACGCUGCAGAAGAUCAAAACGCUCGAGCCGACCCUCGGGGCCGAGUACUUUCGCAGCCUGCCCGACGUGAGCGACCAGCUGAAGGCGAUGAACGCCACGAUGGGCGAAGCGAAGCAGGCCAACGAACUGCUCGAGGAAAGUCUGGUGAUCGCGAUGCAACGUUACGGCGAAAUUCAGACGGGAAUCAAAGACUCGCUCAAAGCAAUGACCGAUCGCCUCGAUCAGCUCGAGGAGCGGCUGGCGGAGAAGAAGAAGCAAGACAAAGAUGUUUAAGGUUGAGGAGGAGGGACCCGGGACGAUGCUUUGUUGCGUAAUUCACUUAAAAGCCAUUGGCAAUCGCAAUGUUACUGUAUUCUACUCGCUUAGUGAUUUAAUAUAUUUAAAAGUAUGGCCCACAACAGGGCAAUGAUUC